GACGUUGAUAGACUGAAAAGUAAUAAGAUGGCAGGUCGUGGCCGUAGGGGAAACACAGCGUGCGAUGAAGAUCAUGUUCGUAGGCCGCCUUUAAAUAAUAAAGGCGAAAGUAGAGUAACGGGGAACGCUAAGGAGAUGAAUCGGAAUUCCGGUCUUACCGGUUUUGUUAGAAGAAAUCCUGUUUUUGAAGGCGAUGACGCAGAAGAAGUAUACCAAAAUGUAACACCGAAUCGACCAAAUCGUCACAUGAGGCCGCAAAGUCGAAAGUUUUCCGACUUGCAGCCUGCCCGUUGGAUAGUUGGCGUUGAAACAGCAGACAAUCCGUAUGGACAAGAAAUGCACCAAAUGCAACAACAAUUUCAAGGGAUCCAAGGACAAGGAAUACCCGAAAAUCAUCAGGGCUUUCAAGAUACCCAAGAAAAUCAAGUACAACCGAGUCAUCAGCAACUUCAAACCAUCCAAGGUCAACAGUAUUUGCAAUGGCAGCAGCACCAGCAGCAACCAUGGCAACAGCAACAGCAACUGUGGCAGCAGGGACAUCAACCUCAUCAGCUGCAGUAUAACGAUGGUAGUAGUCCAAUAUAUACUGUCCAACCACCAACGCAGACUAUGACCAGAGGGGACCCGGAUAAAUCAUCUGAGCCCGGUGUACCAGAACUUAAGGAUCCGGCUUCACGUUGCCUGCUAGUUUUCAAACGUCUUUUAUCGAUAGCACUUGUAAUCUGCGAUACGGUGCUUGAUUGGAUGGAAUAUUCUGAUUUCCUACCUGAAAAUGUUUCCGACGCCAUAGAUACUGCUGAAAGAAUAAAGUCAUUCCUUGGGAAAACGUCUAAAGCAGAGAUAACAUACAAUUGCGACGCUUCAGAAAACUAUUACCUGGUGUUUACGAUUUUCGGAACCCUCUUUGCAUUGAUCCAAAUUGCAGAUACAAUUGGAGAAACUCUUCCAGACCUUACAACGAAAUACAAGGGAUUUCGUUUACUGCAUGGAUUCAAUGAAGUUCUUAUCACGUUUAUCCUUGAAGAAAUUCCUCAAGCUAUUUGUCUCGUCUUUUUUUCUUUCAAAUGCGGGUGCGAAUUCGAUCUCGACAUAAACGGUAAAGGUCUCCGAAAGAUAUACACAACAAUAUUUGGAUUAUUGAGUGGUUAUACAAGAAAUUCGACAUGCAGACAAGUGGAAAGGCCCUCCUGUUAUUUUGAAUUGGACUUUCCUUCUUUCUGUUGCUUCAUUCCUCUUUGUGAUGACCCCUCGCAAGACCUUAAAGCGUGCACAUGUAAUUGUUACAAGCUACCUCCUUGCGACAUUUGCCCUGACUCGUCAUCAAAAAUAUCUUGUCUAAGCAUCGUUGGUGUCAAUGAUCGCGAUCGAAAGUUUGCGAAAUGGAUGACCGCUAAAUUGGCGAAAGUAUAUACUGUGGUUAGUGUAGUUCUCAUAGUCAGUGUUGUGCUUCGUGAAUGUCUGUAGGGAUGUAUAUAUAUGUGUUCAUUGCAUGCGGCACCAACGCAACAUUUUAAAGGAUGGCCUUGACAUUAUAGGACAUGAUCAACGUUCUAUGCACAACAUCGCUGCACACUUUUCUAGUUAUCUACAUAUAUACGAAGAAUAUAUAAGGAGGUUGCAAAACGAAAGCCAAUGCCUCCUCAACCCAUGUUUCACCCAUCCAGGUGUGUCUCACUUGUACAUAAACGAAAAUGCCUUGAUUUCGAGUGUCCGGUUCAACCGUUUCAACCAGCUAACCCGAAAAAAGAAACGGCAGGCUUAGAUCUGACCCGAGGCUAACCUCAGGUAAAUAUCGUGGGGACCAUACAUGCCUGACUGAAACUAAAAAACAACUAUCGCUAGUUUGCAUUUCUUAACAAAACAAGGUCGAUUAUAUGUGUAUUUUAGGAUACGUUAUAUAAUGUAGUACACGCGUUAGAGGACCUGCUAUUUUUUACAUAUUGUUACUUAUUUGUCACAAAACUACGAAACUAUGCAUUUUUUAGCUUGUGCACGGAGAGAACAUGUAAUUUCUGUUUAUGAUCGCGCGGAAACGAUGCAUAUUCUUACUGAAACAGUUUUUCAAAAAGCUACUUUUGUGAGCAGUGUUCUUCAUUUCGUUGUUGUACAGGAUUUACAUCACACCUCCCUGUGACGUCAUCAAAACGUUUCUGUAUCGGUCAGUAAUUAUCUGAUUGGAUGAAAUACAUUUCAUUUCAAUUUUUUUAUUGUUUAGAAAACAAAUGGAUUGGACAACAGGCAAGCCCAUAAAAGUCCUCUCCGAUAGGUACCACAUAUAUACAGGUCAGAGUGAAUGAGGUGAAUAGUAGAUAGCAUAAACAGUAAUGUGUAUAUAAAAGGUUAUAUAUUAUAGAAUGAAAGCAUCGAUGGUAGUAUUACACAAACAUUCAGAGAGUAUACUUCGGGUAAUGUAUAAUAAUUAAAUAUGUAAACAUCUACUCAAUCUUAUACAGACUUAAAUAUCAACAUGCCUACACGUCACACACACCCUCACACAUACAACACAUCUAUAUUAGAUGUGUACUCAGCCUUAGUAAGUCAGUAAUCUACAUAAUUUCAAAGUCACUACAUAUAUAUAGCAUAGUGAUAGUAUCCAGACUGUACAAUAAUAGAGGUCUUCAAUAGAUAUCAAUCAUUCAAUUAUUACAUUAUAAUCUCUUAAAUCGUUCAGUAGCAUUUAUAUAGUAUUGGAUAUUAGUUCAAAUAAGUUCAUUAAUAUCAUCCGACAGGGUAUUAUCACCUGAAGUUAACAGAGUUGAAUUAGAAUAACCAAUACGGUCAUGAUCAUGAAUUUCAUGAAGUAAAUACCUAGAAUUAGAGUAUUUACGACAAGUAAAAGAAUAAUGAUCAGCAUUUUCACUAGAUCAACCACAGACACAAACUUCAUCUGGGAUAAGAUGAUCUAUACAUUUAUGAUGAUUCAAGUCACUUGCAUCAUUUCUUAAUUGGCACAAAAUGAUAUUUAAUUUUCUUGGUCUACAAUUUUUAAAAGUAUAAAGUAUAAAAUAUAUAUGACAGACCGAAAUACCAUGUGACUAGUAUUGUUCCUCAUCUCGUGGCUGUAUAUUUCACUAGGUGUAUAUAGGGCCAAUAGACCUAUAGCACGACAUUCUGUCGGUAUCACAGUGAACAAUUGAAUGCCAUUCCUCUUCGUAUCUUGUCAUUGUAUAUAUUUUGUGAACGGUUGUAAAUAUAACUUGAAUCAAUAUAAAAAUGUCUAAAAUAAUUUGGUUUUUUCCAGAAAAUGAAAAUCCUUUUUGAAAAGAAACCAUUGGGGUACAUUUUUGAAAAAUGACAAUCAAAUCGAAAUUAAUAAGGGUGUGCUGGGAGAAUAACAACAAUGCAACUUCACCAGGUCAGGAUUCAAACCUCGGACCUCUGAUCAGAAAACGGCCGCUCCGGCUAACUGAGUUUAUAGGUCCCACUAUGGUUAAAACGAAACAAAUUAAGGGGAAGUAACUCUAUGUAUAUUGGAAACUACGACGGAAUUAUCUUGUGUUUUGCCUGCAGUGGGACGAAAACCCUUUACUUACUUAGGUUUUAUUGUGAACAUCUUUGACGAUAGACGAUAUGGCGUCCUUUUAUCAUAUUAUCUGUUGUAUAAUCCAUACUUUUAUAUUUGUACUUUAAUCCCGGUUAUUCCCACAAUGAAUUUUUCGAAUCAUAUGGUACAUAUCUACCUGUAUAUCCUUAAUCAAAAUGACACUACAAAAACUGAUGACGUCAUAUAUCGGCCUUCUUGGUACCAUAUUUGUAAUUCUAUCUUAAUAUUGAUUGAUAUUGCUCUGCAAUGAAUUUACAGUGCAAUUUUGUGUUUUGUACAAAAUAUGGUUUUAAUCAGAAAUUAAUAAAUACA